AUGGAAUGGGCGCAAGCAACAUCAAUGUCGCUAGGUUAUGUCCUAGUCAAGGGUAGAUCAAACAAAGAUGUAGAGGAUGACGUUUCUAAAGUAUUACUCAUUUGUGAUCGUGGUGGAACAUACCGUAAGAGGAGUAAGGGCAUCAAAACGAGUUUUUCAAAAAAAUGUAAUUGUCUAUUCAAAUUGCAAGGUUAUUAUUCGGAUUCAUAUGGUUGGAGGGUAAAUGUGAUAGAUCAUACACAUAAUCAUGACAUAGAUGAUGUAUAUGGUCAUGCAUUUGCUAGACGUUUUUCUCCAGCCGAAGAAGAAUGGGUACGGAGACAGUAUUACUUAAACCUGAAUGCGCAAGGUAUUUUUGAUGAUUUGAGAAAGGAAUUUCCAAACAACCUGUCUCUCAUCAAAGAUGUACACAACUUACUGGAAAGAAUAAGAAACGAAGAGGCCCAGACGAUUGGAAAUAAUCUAAUGCAGGUGCUUUUGUCAGUGCUACAACAAUUCCAUUACACUUAUGAGUAUACAACGGACGUAUAUUCAAACCGGAUGGAAAAUCUGUUUUUUAUGCACCCAAAAUCAUUUGAGAUUUGA